AUGGAACAUGCACUUUUAAAAAAACCAAAGAGAAUUUCACAAAAAUCGUAUAAAAGCCACGAAAUAAAAAUAGUUGGUUCUGAUGCAUCAAUAAACCAAACCAAACCCUUAUGUGACUAUGGAAAUAUAAAUAAUCAUGGAAAAAAUUAUUCAAUGACUAAUAAUACUAUUUUAACUGAUCAAGUCGCGAAUGCCAAUCCAGAUGAUGAUAAACUGUAUAAACAUUUAACAACCGAGGAUUUUGUGGUGCCAAAAUUGAAUCCUUUGGUUGAUGGCGGUACCCAAGUCAAAAAUGAUGAUUAUGAUGAUAAUAGUAAUAGGAAAAGACCUGGUCUGAUCACCAUUGAUUAUCUUGAAAAGAAACUUGUAAAAUUGAACUCCAUCAUUACGCAAGAAGAUCUUUUGAAGUUUGCACAUUUUACAAAUACCACCAGUAAAUAUGACAAUGCAGCUAUUAGUUCUAAUAGAUAUUAUAAUAAUCACAAUAAAUCAAUUAUUGGAAUUAAGCGUAAAAAUACUAAUCUUAAAACUAGUGAAACGUCUGAUCAUAAAAAAAAUAAAAUAUCAUAUACUGUCAGCAAUCAUCAUCAAAAAAAAUCCUUAUCAACUAAUUCUGCUGAAGUAAAUAAGAAAAGACAAGAUUUUCUUAAGAGAAGAGUUGCUUCAAGAAAUGUAAGUCAACCUGUAUUGCUAAGAAAUAAAGAAUCAUCAACUGCUACUAGGCAACAACAAUCAAAGAAAAGGCCAUUAUAA